AUGUGUGCCGAAGAAUGUUUACCCGUUUGUGAGUAUACUGAUUACGAUUUACAGAUAUCACAAUUGUCACACCCAUCAAUGGCACAUCGUGAAUAUAUUGAACAACGUUUACAAAAAUUUUUUCAAAAUUUAACAGAAAUGGCAGAAAAUAAUGUAUCGGCAUUUCCAAAUAAUUGGUAUAAUGAUACCAUCAAUGUUAUUAAAGAGAAUUUAGUACGAAUAUCAAUACAUCCAGGUGAAUUUAUUAUUCA